GGUUUCGAUGUAGGGGCCGUGGCGGCGGUUGUGCUGCCGCUGCCUUUUGCCGGGUGCGAGGGGGGUGGCGGAGUGCGUCCGGUUGGGCAGCCGGCGAAGAAGAUGGCAGGCACCGAAGGUCCCGGCGUCGCCUCUGCUGCUGCUGCUGCUGCUGGUGGAGGCGCGGACACCACGUUCCGGAUAGGCUUCAGCCUGGCGGAGAUUGCGGAGUCGUUGGGCUCCUCGGAGCAGGCGCUCCGCCUGAUCCUGUCCAUCUUUCUCGGAUACCCUUUUGCCUUGUUCCAGCGUCAUUUCCUUUUCCAGAAAGAGCUCUACCUCAUACAUCUCUACAACAUAUUAAUGGGGCUCUUGCUAGCCUACUUCAACUUUGGGACACAGUUCUGCCACUCGCUCAUAUGUGUCUUGGUUCAGUUUCUCAUACUGAGGCUUAUGGGUCGCACCAUCACUGCCGUUGCCACUACUUUCUGCUUCCAGAUGGCAUAUCUGAUGGCUGGCUAUUACUAUACUGCCACAGAGAGCUAUGACAUCAAAUGGACCAUGCCACACUGUGUCUUGACUCUCAAACUGAUUGGCCUGGUCAUCGAUUACUAUGAUGGUAGGAAGAAGGCGGAGGACCUCACCCCUGAACAACAAAAAUACGGUGUUAAAGGAAUUCCUACUUUACUAGAGGUUGCUGGGUUCUCCUAUUUCUAUGGUGCCUUCAUGGUGGGGCCUCAGUUCUCCAUGACACAGUAUCAGAAGCUGGUAAAAGGCGAGUUGACGGAUGUCCCAGGCCAAAGACCCAACAGUUUUGUGCCUGCUCUGAAGCGAAUGAUGCUAGGCUUCUUGUUCAUGGUUAUCUACACAAUGGCAGCCCCAUACCUUUCUGAGGAAUACCUUGUUUCUGAUGCUUAUUUGGAACAACCCUUCUGGUUCCGCUGCCUUUAUAUAUUGAUGUGGGGCAAGAUAAUGCUCUACAAGUAUGUUACCUGCUGGCUGGUCACGGAAGGCGUCUGCAUCCUCACUGGUCUAGGAUACAAUGGAACUGAUGACAAGGGGAGGCCAAAGUGGAACGCUUGUGCCAACAUGAAAGUCUGGUUGUUUGAAACAACUCCUUAUUUUACAGGGACCAUUGCCUCUUUCAACACCAACACCAAUGACUGGGUGGCCCGUUAUAUAUAUAAAAGACUGAAAUUCCUGGGAAACAAGCUACUAUCACAAGCCAUCUCCUUGCUUUUCCUCGCCAUCUGGCAUGGGCUGCACUGUGGCUACUUGGUGUGCUUCCAAAUGGAGUUCCUUAUCGUCAUUAUUGAAAGACAGGCCAUUAGCCUGGUACGAGACAGCCCACUUCUGAGUACCUUAGCAUCAAUCACCAUUUUGCGGCCCAUCUUCUAUGUGCUUCAACAAACUAUCCACUGGAUGUUCAUGGGAUAUUCUCUGGUGCCAUUUUGCCUCUUCAGUUGGGAAAAGUGGAUCAAGGUAUACAUGUCUAUUUAUUUUGUAGGGCAUAUCUUGUUUUUCUCAUUAUUAUUUGCAAUGCCUUACAUGAGAAAAGUAUUUGUGCCACAAAAAGAGAAGUUAAAGAAAGCUGAGUAGCAACCAAAAGAUUGUACCAUGUGUGCAUUUAUUAUGGGGAUGGUUGAAACAUCACCUGCCAAACUUGCUGCCGUCACACCCUUCCAGAGUGACUGGGGGAAGAGAGCACAGGGACGAAGGUCCCAGAAUACGGGGAGCAGAGAAACUACUGCAAACUCCUCCACCCCUUUGACAGGUUGCCUUAUCUUUCAACUUUUCUCCAUGGACACUCCUAUCUCUGGAAACUUCAGAUGAUUGUAAAGCACUAGACGCAGCUGCCAUCUGGGAAUGGAGCCACCGCCUGACUUUUUCUACUACUUUCUGAUUCUGCUAGAUAAAAUUGGUCCCAGUUGGUUUUUCA